GUAAUAUAAGGCUGAUCACAGUUAUAUGGGUUUCAGAUACUGCAGUACUACGUAUUUUGUAAGUAUCAUAGUUUACACGCAAAUAUGAUAUUACCAAUUGCUAUAGUUAUUAUUUCUCAGUCGUUUGGCAUACAGGGAGCUGUGAAUAUAGUUUUCGAAGAUAUUACUUGUCUUACUUACAGCGAGGAAUAUUUCACAGAACCUGAUACUUUUAUAAGUGAUCAGAAUGAAUUGGUCGUAAACAUCUCGCUUGUUAAAACACUUCCGAUGGAAGCUCAAGGAUCUUUCAAACUAACGGGAGCAUCAAUGGGUGAAUAUGUUGUGGAUACUGGAUUAGCCGUACAGAUGGACUUGUGUGAUGUAUUCGAGGAACCUAUUAUAACGGGUCGGCUUUUUGGAGCAUUGGGAUUCUCUGCUGACAAUUGUCCACCUGAAAUUGGUGUUUAUGGAAGUGACGGCUAUGCAAUGCCAACAGAUACAUUUCCAGAUGAAUUCCCACCUAAUAAAUACUUGGUGGAAAUGAAGAUUACAUACGAGGAGAAGCCAUUAUUAGUACUUCAUAUAUUCGUCUACAUUCAAUAAAACGUGAAGUUAUUUUUUGGACCGACACUAUUAUAAUUACUUAUUUUUCGUUGUAUAAUCAUGGAUCUUAAUAAAAGUAACUACUCUCAAGGCA